UCAACUAAAAGGGAAGAUCUACUAACUCUAUAAUACAGUCUAUACGGCACUGGUCUCUUAUAUGAGAUACUGAUAGAUUCUGCAGAUGGCGUUCGCAGCCGACGCCACUCUUUGUUUAUAUUUACAUUGAUUUUGACACUUGCCGUUUUAUCUCUCUCAUAAAUUGCAAUUGCAAAUGAAGUUGUACAGAUUGCGAUUAUGUAGUAAGCAAUUAUGCAGUGGGAAUUACACACGAGUACGCUCAACUCGUAAAUAUUUAAGCAAAUUAUGGAAAUACGGAUCUUUUUUCUUGUGAAAGAUUUUUUCUAAUGUUUUUCCACGUCGUGUUGUGCAAGUAAGAUUGUAAAUAAUAUGGCAUUCUCGUUCCGAGCCGGCACGAACUGGUGCCACGAUUUCCCAAAGCUCGCCAGGGAAUCAGGAUUUUACUUCAAUAUGCAUGGAUCUAGAGUGCGAGUCGACUGGAAUCGAAUAGGUGCCAUAGACAUAGAUCGAGUUAUACGAGAAAGAGAUUUUUUGACCAUUGAUCAAAAUAUCAAUAAUGUGAUAGAUUAUUGCUUGGAAAGCGAGUAUGAUGUCAAGAUCUUGGAUCCCAACUUUGUUAAGCUGUUUAAACUCGCACAACUCUCAGUCGAGUAUUUAUUAUAUUGUAAACAAUAUUUGGAUCAUAGUGUAAUAAUACUAAAGGAUGAAUUGAGACAGAAGAUAGAGCAGAGUGUCAGUAUGAAGAAGGAAAUUACUACUUUGGAAGAUACUGUAAAGAAUUUAAAGGAAAAAUCAAGAGAGAAGCGUAAAUUGAUUGAAACUAGCGUCGGUGAGAUCUCUAAUGGGGAAGUUUAUAAGUGCCCACAUUGCCCGAAAACAUUUGUACGCGCUAUAUUUGUAAAUGCUCACAUAGCGCGCAAACAUUCAUACAUAUCUGACAUGGGUGUAUCCGCUUCCCCUGUACAUGACCAUUAUCGAGCGGAGACGGAAAAGUUGCAUAAUGAGAUAAAAACAUUGAAGGAAAGAUUGAAUCAAACUGAAAGAGUGAUAAGAAGUGAGACCGACAAACUUGUGGACAACACAGAGAAGGACUAUGCAAGAAACAUGAGUAAAAACGAAUACGAUAUUGACAAAAUGGAUAGAUUUCAAGAGCAACGACGAUAUCAAGAAGAUAUCGGAAGUUUAAAGAACAUGCUGUUCAAUGAAAUACGUGUAUUAAGAGAAAAAGAUCACGUUGUAAAUGAGAAUAUUUUGGAGGCCAAUGUGAAAACUCUAAUCAGCCAACAAGAAAAAGAAAUUGAAAAUUUAAGAAAUCAACUUCUUGAACGAUUGACUCCAGGCAUGGAAAAUAUGCAGAUAAAAUUACAAACGCAAGAAAAUCAUUGGAAGGCCAAAAUAGAUGACAUGGAAGCUCAACACCGUCGGGACAUCGAGAAUUUGACCACAGAAUUGAAAGCGACUCAACAAGUAGCUGAUCGUAUAAAGUCCGAGUAUGAAUCUAAAGUACACGACUUAGAGAAACAAUCCAUGGAUCAAUCCAAUAUACUGGUGGAACAAAGAAAGCAAUUAAACAAUUUGUCACGUGAGAUCGUUAAUUCACAGACACAGAUUAAUCAUAAAACUAGAGAAAAGGCAGAAUUCCAUAAAUCUCCUUUGCUAACAAAACGUGAUAGCAAUUAUAAUGAAAACAACACUUAUAAGAGUUUAAAUAAUAUUGACACUGAGAUGGUAAUCGAAGACAUCGGUAGUGGAUCUAGUCAAGAAUAUAAUGACAAAUUGAUAUCGAUCGUGACACAAACCCAGAAUUUGCCUAGUAAAGACAAUACUGGAAAAAACAAGAGUAAUAAGAAAGUUAUUGCUGACAAUAGCAGAAAUUUGGAACAUGUAAAACCCAAUUUGGAAAAAUCAAAUAGGAAGUCAGAAGAUGCUAAGAAAACAAAAAAUGCGAGGUAUUAUGAGACAUCGAACGAUAUAAAUAAAAUAAAUGACCGCCCAAAUAAAAGUUUUAUUAGCAAAGAAAAUCCUAUUGAUGUAAAUAAAAAGUACGUAGACACCAAAGAAAAGAGAACAUUGCAUACCGACAAUAUGAAGAAUAAGAAAUCUGAAUUCUUAGAAAGGCGCAGCGUAAGUUCCGUAACGGAAUCUGAAUCUUUAUCGUCGAUGUCGGAGUCGGAGACCGAUAGUGAGAGUGUCACCACGGAUGAAGAUUUAAUAAAAAAAUAUGAAACGUCUGCCAUGAAACCUGCCAAUAUUAGGAAAAUAUCGAUACAGGAAGAUGCGCGGAGUAUAUUUGACAAUCGGCUGAGAGAAUUGGGAAUCGAUCCAGAAUGGCAAGGAAUACCUGUGGCAACGUACAAGCAAAAGAUGGAGAUUGUGAGACAUCAGCAAAAUAUUAAUGCAAAAAAAUUGGUUCGAUACAAUCAAAUUAAACAAAAGAUACUCGAAGACGUUCUUCAAAGAAUAUCAGCAAAUCGUAAGGAAUCGAGAUAUUCCGCGCUUACAAAGAGUUCUCCGUUGGAUAAGCUUAAGUCGAAGGCUUGGAAAGCGUUCAGCAAAGAUAGUGGUGAAUAUACGUCCGUCCAAAAAACGGAAAAUACGACACCGUUAAAAUUACGUCUGAAGCAGAAGAUCGAGCUCCUUCCUAAAAAGUAUAAAGAUGACGAGGUAUACGAGAAUACGCGUGAAUCGCCACUGAAAAAAAGCGGAGCGGACAUUUAUGCCAGUCCAAAAGUGACUGCGACAUAUCCAAAGUCAAUUCGAAGCGUCUCCUCCGCGAGCUCCAUUGAAUCUCGAGAGGAUAUAAAACAGAUUUCGCCUACGAAAAUAACUGUAUCGGACGCUAACAUGCGUAAGGUGAGCUCUCCGAUCAGCAGGAAACAGGUGGUAGUAUCAAGAUUUUCCGAAAACAAUGACUCGGAUAGUACAAAUAUGCAACAAGACGAGUCAGCUCUUUCUCCGAAGAAUAGUAAAAGCGUUUUAAAACCAAAAAGUGGCUCGGUCGGAAGCUUGGUAAAGAAAAAAGUCUUAUUCGAUUUAGAUGAUAAAAAAAGUGAUGAUACGACGAUGCCGGAAAACGAUCAAAGAAAGAAUCAAAUAAAUAACAAUGAUUGGAACACCUCGAGCUUUGCUGAGAGGAGAGAAUAUGCGUUGCAGAAAGAGAAGUCCAUGAGUACAGGCAACAUUGUCUUAAAAACUUCGCAAAGUGAUAAAAUUGCGGAAAUAUCAAAGAAGAUACAAGAACAGUUGAGUAUAGCAAGAAAGCCGCCCGUGGGAUCGGUUGAAACGAUCUUUCGACUCAACACGAGCUCGCAAGACCUUACAAAUUAUAACGCGGGAAAUCAUCUAUUAAAUUCAAAUAGGCUCGUGAGCUCGAUCUUGGACAGUCCUAUACAGAGUUUCACGAGUCCAAAGGCGAAAAGGAACGUAUUCCCGCAACCCGCUCCGCGAACUCUAAAAGACAAAGAUCUUUCUGUCGUUCAACAUAAAAGCGAAAUAAAAUAUUCUGAUCUGGAUUCAGAUAUAGACGAAAUAUUGCAAAUGGAAUAAGAUGUACCGAUGGAAUAAGAUGUACAAUGUAACUUUGAAUUAUUAUCUCGAGCUACGCAUCUUUCUCUCUGUGCUGCUGGUAUUGUGAAUAGGUCUAAUGUAUAAUUUAUUGAAUAUUUUGUAUAUCUAAUAGUGUACAUAAAUGUUUAGUAAUGGAUAAAUUUUAUUUAAUUUAUUUUGAUGCACAAACUGUAGAUUUUUAGUAUAAGAUGCACGCUUGCAUACAAAAAAGAAGUCUUAUAUACAUUUGAAAUGUUCAAAAUACAUAUAUUAUAUACAAAGAAACUUUUCUUUUAGAAUUUUUCCUAAAUAACACAUUGUUCUACACUAGCUCAUAAUACUUUUGCGCGUUAUAAGGAGAAGUUUGUAGAACCACAGGUGACUGAUCGUCCACUUCGUAGAAAUAAAAUGUUGCAAUA